AUGUCAUCUAGAAAGACAGUGGUCGUGUUGGACAUCACUGGGCAGCUGGGAUGUUCAGUGGCCAGGGCCGUGGCUUCAUCGGAAGAGUUUGAGGUUCGAGGCAUCACAAACAAUUUACUGAAUGAAGGGAGUUGGAAUUUGCAGGGAAAUAUUCCCCUCGCUGUGCCGUGUGACCUCAGAGACAGGGCUCAGUUACAGAAGAUUCUGUCUGGAGCGCACGCCUGUUUUCUAAGUACAAGCACCAAUUUUGACGACCCUGACUGCGUCGAGAAGGAGAUAACUCAGGGUUGUCUUGUGGCUGAUGUUUGCAAAUCUGAACAUGUCCGCCACGUAAUCUUCAUUUCCCAGCUUCACUCCAACAACAUCUGCAAGAUCAUGGCCCGACAUCUUGUUGCUAAAGCUGAAAUAGAGCGAUACAUGCGUCACCUUGACCUGCCCUUGACCUGUCUGAUUCUGCCGGUCUACUACCAGGAUUUGUGUGGUUUCUUGAGGCCAAAGACGUCUGAUGGUUUUAGUUACGACAUUGAAAUCCCCAUGGGAACCAUUCCAUUAGAUAUGAUCAGCGUGGAAGACAUCGGCCCUAUCGUCGUGUCUGUGCUCAGUCAAAGAGAGACCUAUCUGCACAAGACACUCAGUGUUUGUGGCGACAAGCUAACUGUUGCGGAGAUGGCCUACAUCUUGACAAAGCAUCUUAGGCCGAAACAAGCAGCUGACGACUUAUGA